AUGAAUCUUCGUACUCUUCUCGUUGCUGGCCUGGCUGGCCUGGCUAUUGCAAGCCCGGUGCCUGCAACCGAUAUCCAGCGCCGCCAGUCGACCAGUGCCAACGACCUGGAGAAUGGGGUGUGUAAAGGCGUGACCUUUAUUUUCGCCCGUGGUUCCACCGAGACGGGCAAUCUGGGUUACAUUGUUGGCCCUGGAGUCUGCUCCAAUCUGAAGGCUAAGCUCGGGGGCGACGUCGCCUGUCAGGGUGUUGGAGGUGCCUACACAGCUGGCCUGACUCCCAACUUCCUUCCCCAGAAUACCGACCAAGCGUCGAUCAAUGCCGCAACUGACAUGUUCAACAUGGCCAACACCAAAUGCCCGAAUACCCAGAUCGUGGCCGGUGGAUACAGUCAAGGAUCUGCCGUCAUGGAUAACGCUAUCCAGGCGCUCCCCGCGGAUCUCAGGGCCAAGGUCAAGGGCGUUGCUCUUUUCGGCUUCACCCGGAAUUUGCAGGAUGGGGGCAAGAUCCCCAACUACCCAGCAGGCCAGACUAAGGUCUACUGUGCCAUAGGUGAUCUGGUCUGCGAUGGCACGCUUGUCAUCACUGCCGCUCACUUGACUUAUGGCCUUGAUGCGGGCAAUGCUGCAUCCUUCCUCGCCUCCAAGGUUUCCACUUAA